GGUGGGGAUUGGGGUGGGGAUUGAGGAAGCCAGAACUAGAGAAGUCAUCAUCUGUCCUGAUUCUGCAGCUGCUCUGGAAACUUUAAGAGUAGGAAAAUCUAAAGCUCGUCAUGACACUGUGAAUGGUAUCUUGAGCGUGUCACGCUGCGGUGAGGGGGAAUGAGCAUUGCAAAGGAGAGCUUAAGAAGAGAAGUAGAUGUUUAUGUACCACUGUGGAGAGUGGAACAGAAAGAAAGAAUUUAAGAGGGCUCAGUAGAAGAAUUGGCAGAGCGGGUGGGAAAAGGAAGUCAGGGGUAGAUAGACACAACCUGAAGUCCGAGAAGUAUGUUUCUGUACUUCUCUGUGCCGUAGCGACUCAGUUAAACUGUGUAGAUUGAGGUUGGGGCACUGUGGGCUAAAUUAGUCCUUGUUGUAGGAAAACAUGUUUCUGGCUUGUGUGAUGGGAGUCCCAUGGCAGGAAGGCAUGGUUUCCUAGAAUGUAGGAAGUAGCUAGGGCAGUAAGACUAGAAGUAUUCUGGAAUGGCAGCACUUGAGGCAUUUUCUGGUGAAUCUUUGUUUGGACACAGUGAGAAACUACAGAGCCCCCGUAAGAAACAUCAACUUAUCUUCCAAGGCAGUUCUUUAGUUGCUGCCGCUGGCUGUUCAUUUUUUACAGUCUAUGGUUCCUGCAUGACACAAAACAGUAUGUAAAAAUGUAGUUCAAACUUUGACCGGUGCAGGUCAGUAAUACGCUUAGCAGCGUUUACACUGCCGGGAUUAUAGAACAAGAAGAAGACAUACGGAAAUUGCGUAUCUAUAUCCACUGCUGCACCAACGUGCUAACGGUAAAGCACCCGGGAGUGGAAGCGGUGUGCAGUCAUGUGGCCUCUAGUUUGGACGGCGGUACGGACCUACGCCCCUUAUGUGACCUUCCCUGUUGCCUUUGUGGUGGGGGCAGUGGGCUACCACCUGGAGUGGUUUAUCAGGGGGACCCCUAAACCUCGAGAGGAGAAGAGCAUCCUGGAACUGAGGGAGGACAGGAAGCUGCAGGAACAAGAGGGCAUGGACAGCACCCAGGUGCUUAGCCUGAAAGAGAAACUGGAGUUCACACCUAGAGCAGCUCUGAACAGGAACAGACCGGAAAAGAGCUAACCCGUGUUGGUGUGAGAGACUUGCGUUUACCCUUUCUCAGCAGGAGGAUAAUUCAUUGGAGGCAAAAGGGGGUGAACCAGAAGGCAAAAACACCCAUUCUUCCCAUUUACCUCAGCCAUACAUCCUCACUAAUGCAUCAGCUUGCCUGUGUAAAUAUCUGCUACUUUUAAGAAGCUAGAGGGUAAUUAAAAAACACAUACUUUCACCAAGUCAAAUAUAGCUUAUAUAUGUUGUAUGUAGGGCUGGGCAAUAUAUCAAUAUUAUAUCGAUAUCG